CGGUACGGCUGCUUCGGGCCCACCUCAGUAACUUGAGAGCUUCUUUCUGGCAUCAACGUCCCAUCCCGAAGCGUCGACACCAAGCCUCAUACCCACGAUCGUCUUCAUACCAUUUGCUCCCCGCUGAACAGUCUACUCACCACCAAACGGCCCAUUUUUUUACCUCUCAUUUUCCGAUAAACCAAUCAAUCGAUCGAAGAGAGAGGGAGGGAGAGAGCGCAGCCAACACGCACCUCCCCGACGCCACGCCGUCAACACCACCACAACAGCCUCCCACCACCAACAACACCACAAAGCAAAACCGCGUCCAACCCCCCCAGAAUGUCCCGUCCAACCCCCCGCAAACGCGGCCACGCCCGCCACUCCUCCGCCUCCGGCCAUGGCCCUCGUCCGGUGCAGUCCGACUACGAGUCCGACGCCGCCCACUACGUCGACUCCCACCCGGUCCCCGCGCCUAACCCGGCCCUCCUCAACCGCACCAACACGGAUCUCAACCUCUCCGUCCUGCGCCGCUACCUCCCCUCCAUCAACUCCACCCUCUCCAUCGCCGCCAACGCCGUCGUCUACACCUUCAACCCCUCCCUGCCUGGCUGGGACAAGACGGGCAUCGAGGGCACCUACUUCCUCUGCAUGCAGGACCCGGCUCCCUCCGUCCCCGCCGCCCCCCGCGCCUGCAUCUUCGUCCUGAACCGCCGCGGCCUCGAGAACGUCAUUCUCGACCUCGGCGACGUCGCCGACUUUGAGGUCGUCGACGAGAUCUACAUCUUCCGCCUGCGCGGCGCCGGCGGCGACGAGGACGAGGGUAGUAACAACAAGGUCAUGGGUAUCUGGAUCCACGCCGACAAGGACGACACCCGCGUCAUGAACGCCGCCCUCAUCGCCGAAACACUCAAACACGUCCGCGCCGCCGCCAGCGACCAGAAUGACACCGAUGGCGCCGCAGCCGCAGCCGCCGCCGCCGCUCCCGCGCCGCAGGAGGAGCUGGGCCCCGCCAUGCAGGCCAUCGGAAGGCGCCUGAGCUUGAGUGACCUGUUUGGCGCGCAGAACGGGACCAAGGGUUAGGACCCCGCCGUCACCGACGCCGAUGCCGAGGCGCGGGCCCGCGCAAUGGGCAGCUGGGGCGUAGUCGACGACCCCGACGUGUGGAAGGAUAGGAACCGUGAGGGAGGGGCGUACCAGCCCAAGAGGCCUCAACCCUGGAUGGCAAAACUGUUGCUUAAGUGCACUCCAUUCUGAGCCACACGCCCAUGUUGCUGUGAGGGGAAAAGGGGGCAAGGAAGACGGUUUACGCAUCAGCCAUGAAUGUCACGGAACACUGUGGGGUGUGGAGAGGAUCUCCAGAAGAAGAGAGAAGAGACAGGAAUGGUGAAUACCAAAUGAUACCCUUGAUUAAGAAACGAAGAAUAAGAUUAAGAA